AUGCUAUCUACUACCACAUUAAUGUGCAAACUAUUGCCAUCUUUUCGUCAUUCAAUCAAAUGCACGUCACCACUUUCAUCCAUUACAAUUGAUGCCACCCAAAGUGAUGGUACUACUACUACUACCACUACUACUACUACUACUACUACUACUACUACUACUACUACUAUUAGUAGUAGUCAUUGUACUACUACUAGUAGUAGUAGUACAAUGAUCCAUUAA